AUGGCGCCCAACUCCCAAAGCAUUACCAUCGCGGGGGGUCACCCCCUUUUCCCCCCCGGGGACCGUUCUGUCCCCGCAAACCAUGUCCGGAUUGUUUCCGGCGGCGCUCUCUGGUGCCCUCCGGGCACAGUCCUGUCGGUGGCUUCCACCGAUGUCAUUCUUCGGCCCGGGGCCGAGAAGCAGAAGAAGAAGAAGAAGAAGAAGAGCAAGAAGGCUAGGAAGGCCGAGAAGAAGAAGGCCGAGGAGGAGAAGAAGGAGGAGACCGAGGAGAAGAAGAAGGAUGAGCCCGAGGAGGACAAGCCCGAGAAGAAGGAGGAGUAA